UGUGUGUGUGUGUGUGCACAUGUAUAUAUAGAGCCACAUCACUUUCAGUUUAUUUUCAUGCUCUGUGAAUCCCACUGUCUCUGCUAAAUGAUGGAGAAUGAACAAUCUACUUAUGAAGAGGUUGCUUAUACUGAGGAAAAUUGUAAGCCAAUGGAAGGGGUUUUCCAUAGCCAUCUAGAGGAGAGGGUUCGUCCUUACAUUGAUUUGAUUGACUCUUUGAGGCUGAUUGGUAUUGACGAAGAUUUAGCUUUACCAACUAUAGCUGUAAUUGGAGAUCAGAGCUCUGGAAAAAGCUCUGUGUUAGAAGCACUAUCUGGAGUGGCAUUGCCCAGAGGGAGUGGUAUUGUAACAAGGUGCCCACUGGAGCUAAAGCUGAGAAAGAUCAAAGGUGGAAUUAAAUGGCAAGCUGUAAUAUCUUACAAAGAGGAGUUCAUUGAGUUUGAAGACCCAUUGCUGGUUGAGGGUUAUGUUGAGGCAGCCCAGAAUGAGUUGGCUGGAGAAGGUGUUGGAAUCUGUGAUGAACUCAUCACACUGGAGAUCAUGGCUCCUGAUGUGUGUGACCUCACACUGAUCGAUCUCCCGGGGAUUGCCCGCGUUCCUGUAAGAGGUCAGCCUGAAGACAUUGGACAUCAGAUCAAAUCCCUCAUACGGAAAUAUAUAGAUAAGGAACAGACUAUAAAUUUAGUCGUGGUCCCAUGUAAUGUUGACAUUGCAACAACAGAAGCUCUGAAAAUGGCACAGGAAGUGGAUCCGGAAGGAAAAAGGACUUUGGCUAUUCUUACAAAGCCAGACCUCAUAGACAGAGGAACAGAGAAAAACAUCUUGGAUAUAGUCCGAAAUAAGGUCAUUCCCUUGAGCAAAGGAUAUGUCAUUGUUAAAUGCAGAGGCCAAAAGCAAAUUGAUGAUAAGACCUCAUUGACCGAUGCUACUCGGGUGGAGAGAGAAUUCUUCAGACGUCAUGAAUUCUUCAGUUGCCUGUUGUACGAGGAGAAAGCAACUAUCCAGUGUCUUGCCACCAAACUGACUCAAGACCUUGUUGAUCACAUCAAAAAAUCAUUACCUCUGAUCUCAGAAGAGAUCAAGAAACAACUGUGGAGCUUGAGGAAAGAGCUAGGUCAUUGUGAAGCUGGUCCACCUCUGGACCCACAGAUGCGGAAAGCCUUUUUUAUUGAUACUUUGACGAAAUUUAAUGAUAAGAUCAACCGUUUGGCAACCGGGGAAGUGGUCAACGACGAAAACUUGUUUGUACUGCUACGGUCCGAGUUCAAAAAGUGGAAUGACCAACUUGACAACUCAAAAGCAUCAUUUCACAAAACAGUCCAGGAUGUGGUGACUGAAUAUGACCUGAAACACAGAGGACGAGAGCUGCCUGGUUUCAGUGACUACAAGGUGUUUGAGAUGGUGGUGCAGAAGCUUGUGAUCCAACUAACAGGACCAGCUAUUGACACGCUCAGGCUCAUCAGGGACACCAUUCAGAAACAGUUUUCAGAUGUGUCCAAGGUCUGCUUCUGUACCUACCCCUUCCUCCAGUGUGUUGCAAUGAACAAGAUAGACAACAUCCAGUCAAAGCAGGAAGCAAAGGUCGAGCAGAGGAUCUUGGAGCAAUUUGAAAUGGAGCAAUUGGUCUACACUCAAGACGGCAUCUACUUCAAGACCCUGAAUGAGACUCACUCUGUUAAUGGCCAAAAGGCUUCAGAAGAAAACUUUGCUGGGUUUGACAGCAGAAAUAAAUAUCCUGAAAUGCUGCAGGCUUAUUAUGAGAUCGUGGUGCAGCGCUUGGCUGACCAGGUACCCAUGUUGAUCAGGUACUUCAUGCUGAAGGAAUCGGCCCAGCUGCUGUGCAGCGAGAUGCUGGGUUUGAUGGACUGUGCCAACGUGGCCGAUGCCUUACGUGAAGAGACGGAUGUCAGCAGACGCCGCAUUGACAUGCAGAACCGCGUGGACCGUCUUAGCCUUGCUCAAGAGAAACUCAGCAACUUUGUUUAAAGUCAGGAGGCCACUGAAUAGUUCAAAUUCAGCACCUAAAGCAACAUCUGGACUAAAGAUUUUUGUAAUGUGGUGUGUAAAAAGAGGGAAAAAAUGUAAUCCCUAUUGGUUUCUGGUCCUUGACUGUCACCAAUGACCAUCAGUGACAUUUUUUAUAUUUAAUUUUUUGUAGAAAAGCUUUUAAACCAGAGAUAUCAACACUUCAUAAUAAAUUAUGUAAAGUGUCA